AUGUCUUCUGCAGCUGCUUGGCGCCAAUACUUCACGUACAACAAGUACACUUCCAUCUGUGCUCGUGCUACACGUCAAGCACUCAAAGAGGAAGAGCGUGUCAAGGCUGACAAACGUGGAUUCAUGGCUUUGCGUUACCAAGAAUGGAAGGAUGGUAAAGCCGGUGAGAACGUCAACUUGGCCGCCGAAGAAAAGAAACAAUAAACAUCAGCUCGGAAUCGAAAUCUAGAAAUCUACAAAUGUGCAAUACACUACAGCU